AUGACCAAGGCCUCGCUUCUCAUCGGAGCCUUUGCGGCUUCUGCCUGUGUUCAAGCCUUCGUUGUGCCUUCUGCUCCUGAAGUUACACAAGGGCCAAAACUAGAAGAUCGGGCUACAACUUGCACUUUCUCCGGCUCAAAUGGUGCGUCUUCAGCCAGCAAGUCGCAGAAAUCCUGCGCCACUAUUGUGCUGUCGAACGUUGCGGUCCCUUCUGGCGUGACGCUCGACCUCAGCGAUCUAAAUGAUGGUACUACCGUUAUCUUUCAGGGAACAACCACCUGGGGUUAUAAAGAGUGGUCUGGCCCUCUGCUCCAAAUCGAAGGCAAUGAUAUCACCAUUCAAGGUGCCAGUGGUGCCGUUUUGAACCCUGAUGGCGCCCGCUGGUGGGAUGGCCAAGGUAGCAACGGCGGCAAGACAAAGCCCAAGUUCUUUGCUGCUCACGAUCUCACUUCUUCCACCAUCACCAAUUUGUAUAUCGAAAACACCCCCGUCCAAGCUGUCAGUGUUAAUGGUGUCAAUGGAUUGAAUAUCAAUGGUAUGACGAUUGACAACAGCGCUGGUGAUAGUGGUGGCGGUCACAACACCGAUGGAUUUGACAUCGGCUCUAGUUCGAACGUUGUGAUUAGCGGAGCCAAGGUGUAUAACCAGGACGAUUGCGUUGCUGUCAAUUCCGGCACGAACAUUACCUUCACUGGCGGUCUUUGCUCCGGUGGCCACGGGUUGUCAAUCGGUAGUGUUGGCGGCCGAGAUGACAACACCGUUCAGACAGUCACUUUCAGCAAUUCUCAAGUUACCAAAUCAGCAAACGGCAUCCGCAUCAAGGCAAGCGCUGGAGAUACUGGAACCAUCAAGGGAGUGACCUACUCAGGUAUUACUUUGUCAUCCAUCACUGGCUAUGGUAUUCUUAUUGAGCAAAAUUAUGACGGUGGCGAUUUGCACGGAAGUCCUACAAGCGGUAUCCCCAUCACCAACUUGGUUCUCCAGAAUAUUUCUGGAAGCGGCGGUGUCCAAUCAAGCGCUACUAACGUUGCUAUCGUCUGUGGCAGCGGAGCUUGCUCCAGUUGGACAUGGAGCAAUGUUGUUGUCACUGGAGGAAAGAAAUACAGCAGCUGCCAGAAUGUGCCAAGUCCUGCCUCUUGCUAA